AUGUCUUCCGACAGUCUCGCUCUCUUCCGUAAGAGCUUGGGUAGCGAGCUCGGUGCUCUCGCAGAGCAGCACUACCAGCAUGACCUUCAAUCCUCAGACCGUGCAGCUCUCCAAUCAGCAGCCUCGCGCCUCUCCACCCACACUACCAUUGGCUCAGUACUCGGCUUCUCCCUCGGCCUCUACGCCGCCAUCCGCCUCCGCCGUAACCGCACCACCAUGUUCAACGCCUUCCGCGCUACCGAAAAGCCCGUCUCUGUCCAAUUCGCCAACGGCCGCACCGAGAACCUGCCUGACCUUACACCCAUGCUCAAGCCAUCCACUUUUGGCGAUAUUGCCACUUACACACUCUUUGGACUUGGAGGUCUAUUUGUUGGCGGAGAGACUGGAUUGUUGACGGGAUCGUUGAGUGCGGGCAGUGCGAUCAAGAAGGAUCCCGAGGCCAAGAGGAGGAUUGAGGGUGCGUUUAGAAAGUUCAGGGCUGAGACGUUGAGGUUGGAGGCGGAUCAGCUGGAGAAGGGUGAGAAGGCACUGGGACUUUAG